GAUGACGAGGACAUUCCAAACCGAUGACACGCUUGCUUAUAUAGCGCCAAAACUGCAAUGCAAAUACUUGGCCUUUUCGACUUCCGAAUUUUAGAGAGAGAGAGAGAGAGAGAGAGAGAGAUGAGGACAUUCGAACCGUGGCCGGUUUUCUUCAGGCGCGAGUGGAGUCGGAACUGGCCAUUCCUGGUCGGUUUCGCCGUCACCGGCGCCGUCAUCACGAAGUAUUCUCUUAGCCUCACCGAGGAGGAUGCCAAGGAGUCUGAUUUCGUCAAGAGGCACAAGAGGAUGAGGGGAGAAAUAUCUUGUAUCUGGUGUGAGGAAUGAAGGGGAAAAUCUUACCUCCUCUGCUCUUCCUUUGUGUUUUGUGCCUCUGGAAGUAAUGCAGACUAACGUUUGUACGUUAAUGACGCAUCCUCGAUCUUCCUGUUGUUUUUUUGUUUGUUAGUUUGUUGUGCAUCUAAUAAUAUGUAACAUUUCUCUCGAACUCGUUUACGUAUCUUUGAGGACUUCAGAUUACUUAACAAAUAAUCUUACUUCGUG